UUGCUCCUGACGGUCGUCGUAGGGACGUCACAAUGUCGUAUCUCAGAACAAAGACUAUCUCCCACAAACAGGCUGUGUGCGCUCUUUAUAAGAGAAUUAUUCGGAAUCUAGAAUCUUACCAUCCCGAACGGGAGGAAGCCAGAUAUGAGUGUGUGUUGAUGCGCGCGCGAUUCGAUGAAAACAAGAACGUCAGUAAUCCGAGAGAAGCGAAGAUGCUAUACGAUUCAGCUCUGAAACAGCUGGAGGCUAAGGCUCAUCCCGCACCCUUCAAAUUCCCUUCGUCUCCCGGCGGAAGUGCAUUCGACAGAUGGGACACGUACCCCGAUUGGCUUGUAGACUUCUGGCAUCCCUUCGAAAAAGCGAGGUAUCCGAAAUAUUUCGCUCUCCGCGAACAACGUAAACUUGAAUAUAUCAAGUACUGGGAGGAGACCAAGAAACGAAUCACCAAAGAUGAUUCGUCCCUGACGCAGUGAUCGAUGCGUCGCUUAUCUCUCGCCACCGGCGUCAACCUCCCCUGAAAAACAGCUGUCGACAUUGAAUAAACUGAUGCUAGUUAA